ACAAUCACAAGGUGACAAGCCACGAUGAAAGCUCUUCACGCCGAAGUAGCCAAAGAUCUUCUGGACGCUCUCUUGGAUGAUGAACUGAGUGACGUCUAUCUGACCUCUUCCGAUGAUGUUCAAGUUCCGGCGUGUCGCUUCGUGCUGGCAGCACGCAGCACGGUUCUGAAGCGUAUGCUGUACGGUAGCUUCCGGGAGGCAAAGUCUUCUACUAUCUGCAUGUUGGGUUACGAUAGCGUGACUUUGCAGGCAAUCGUUGACUUUUGUGCACACAACGAUAUUUCCCGUUGCACAGCGAAAUUAAAGCAAGAUGAAACUUCUAUACGUCAGCUGGUGCAUCUUGCACGAGCCGCUGACUAUUUGGAACUGCCCGGACUAGAACAGCUAUGCGAGUGCGAAAUUAGAGCACGAAUGACGCUGCACCCGCCGCUGGCGUGUGCAGUAUACGACGAGGCCGAGCGCUCAACAGAAGUGUCGGAAUACGCCAUGCAAAUGCUGGAGUGUCGGCCUUACGUAGCGUUGGAUCACGGAGGCGAUCGUGCUACUGGUGGAGGCAUCGAGUCUUUGCACUCCGAACGACUCCUAGACGUGGUGCACAAUACUCAGCUUGGUGCGGGAGAGUUUUUCCUAUUCCGAAUGAUGGAGCGGUGGUUCCAAGACGCGCAGCUAAAAGACCACAAUGCCGCUCUCCAGACGGCACACAAGUGUACCCAAUAUCUACAGUUUGAAAACAUCGAGCCCAGCCUUUUGUUAAAAGAAGUCAAGUCUUGUGAGUUUGUGUCUUCCGAACUUAUUUUUGCCGCGGUCGCCAAGCAAGCACUUCGAGCUUCGCAAGACAGAGUAUGGAGUCUGGGAUGCCGCGGAAAAGAACAUGUUGAGCGAGUGCUGGUUGAAGGUGCAGGAAACCGGGACGCCAAUGGCAUGUAUUACUUGAUUGCUCCUUUAGCCAACAAUGACCUUUACGCGAAACGUGAAGUCGCAUGCGGCCAGCAGCGUGUUUACACGCUGUCGUGCAGUACCAAAGAAGAACAGUAUGAGUGUCGCAUUUUUUGCAGUACAUUGCUGACGUCUGGCGCAAUUUUUAAUUUGCAAAGCAUGCAAAAGACGUCUGUUGUCGAACCCGUCUUUCAGCCGGUUCUACAAAUAAUAGAAUUGAAGGAACCCGAGAGCUCAGUACCGACACCGAUUCGUAAAUACUAUCGAGUCCGUGUGUCGGAUGGUGAAGUGCACAUGGCGGGAACGUUGGCCACUGCUUGGAACAGUAUGGUGGAAAGUAAAGAGGUAUUGGCACGGUCAAUAUGUAAGAUCCUGCAAUAUGGUUUGUACGAAAUAGACGGAACAGUCUGUAUUCAUAUCCGGGAAAUGUCGAUCGUAACGACCAACCCUGGGCAGCGAUUUGGACGUCCUAUCCCUCUGGAAGAAGCUGAUGGUUACAGCCGGGAACAUCAGUCCGAAAACCUACUGAGUCUCUACUCUUGUACGCAUCCAAGAGUCCAAGGUGCGAAGGAUAUAAAGGUCCCUCGAACUGGUUGGCAAGUCGACGAUCAAGGCGAUGGACCCGUCCCAUCGUGCACUUGGAUGCCACCGUUGCGCAAAGCAGACAACCUAAAUACAUCAUAUACGUCCUUGCGGUCCUCUACUUCACCUAUAUCAGGCAAUACUGAACCGCACAAUGGCUCUUCUUAA